AUGGAAAAACAAGACAAAGAACUCGAAAAGUGGAUUAAGGCUGCAAAUGAGAAUAAAAUAAGUGCAAAGAAUGCCUGGAAUGCACCACUUAUACAACAUUUCAACAAUAUUGAUGGUUUUAGAGAGGAAAACAAAAUAAAUUUCACCAAGGUUUCUACUGCAUUGGACGGAUGUGUUAAAGUGUACACAAACAGAGUGGACGAGGUAGCUGAUUCCACAUACAAAUUAGUGAAUAUAAUGGGAAAAGAUGAAGAAACUAAAGAAAAGCAGAAGACUAAAACCAAAACCAAAAAAGACAACUUUUUGGUAAAGAACACCGAUGCCAUAAACAUCAGGAUUCCUGAGACUGAACAGUUCAACGACCCUGUAUUCAGCGCAAUAUUAUCCAAAAAUGAUGUGGCAUUCGUAUUCUAUGAUCUAAAGCACACAAAUCAAGGCAUCCUGCUACACUCUUCCAAUAAUUGUUUUACUGAACUGAUAAUGGAGGAUGAAGAAUGUGAUAUUGAAAUAGAAAAGAGGCCAAUUUGUUCUGAUCUGCUACACGUAAAGAAGCUUGAUUACGAUGAUGAAGUUGUACAAGACCAACAACCUGAUCAAUCAGAAAUGAUGUUGGUUCCACGAGAAAAGCUACCUGGUUUAAGUCAACUGAUUGAGAACAUAUCACACAGAGAAGAUGAAUCACUAAAAGAAAUCAGUCAAAAUGAAUUUGAUGAAGCCUGUGAAUUCGAACAUGCAGAAGAAUCUGCCAGUGUUGAGGUUAAUAAAAUAGAAGAGAAACAAGAAGAGAUCAAGAGACCAUUUAUCAAGAAAUGGAAUGACAUUGAAGAAUGGAGAACAGAAUACAUCAAGAAGAAGCCAACAACUAUCAAGAAAAAGAGAGAGAAAGCAUUUUUGGAUUUCAAGGCACAGCCAAAAUUGAAGUGUAUGAGAGAGCAAUUUGAUUCAACAAUGACAAAAGAGAUGAUUCUAAAUAGAAGAAAGAAGAAGAAUGUACUAACAAAUGAGUUUCUGAUUGAUCUCAAAGACUUGUAUAGAAUGAACAUUGAUAAAGAAGUGUAUUUUGGUAAGAAAACCAAAAAAUCAAAUGAAAACACUGUAGAAGAAUCAGCAUAUGAAACAAACAAUAUCACAGUUAGCAACGAAAUGAAUAAUGGAUUUGAAGAAGAAUUUAACGAUGAACCUGAAGUCAACAACACCAUAGUCAAUAUUGAGGAUGCUAAUUUAUCCAAGAAGAUACAAUUUGAUCAAACUGUUGUUCCUAAUGAACCAAUUCAACUCAAAUUCACCAGAAAAGCCAAGAAAGUCGACAUGUUGAAGUUGAAGACGAAUUUGUUCAAACGCAUCGAGAAGUUGCCUACGAUUGAAUUCAACAGUUUAUGCACUGAUAUUAAAUCAGAUUACACCAGCAAAGAAUAUAAAGACAUUAGCAAACACACUUGUCUCAUUGGAUUGCUGCAUUUGGCCACAGAAAAUAACCUAGAACUGGAAUGCAACAAUAACCACAUUCAAAUAACAAGAAAGUGA